AUGGAGGAGUUGCCAAGGUUUGUGGUGCUGUACUCCGAGACCGCGGGGAAAUACGUGAGGCACAGAUCGGACCCAACCGACUCGACCGGUUUAGAAAUCACGGCCGACGAGGUCUGGAGCCCGUUUGCCAAGUUCGAGUUCGAGCCAUCCACCGUUCACCCGGCCAUGGUCCACAUCCGGUGCUGCUACAACAACAAGUACCUCCGCCGCCACGACUCGUCCGCCGCUAACAUAGUCGCGGCGGCGGAACAGCCCAACGACGAACUCUACCAGUGGGGAUCCACCUUGUUCCAGCCCGAGCAGCUGCUUCCAGUAAUGGUCCGCUUGCUUCAUGUCCAGCUGGCCCGCUACGUAACUAGUGUUCGUGCCCCAGAGGACGAACACUACUACUUCGUAGCGGCAUUGGGUACGGACCCUCUGGACCCCGCGGCUCGGUUCGAUGCUGUUGAUUGGGAGUCACUCGUCACGCUGCCCAAACGCCUGACUUUCAUGGGCGACAAUGGGCUCUAUCUCGGUCUUCCUCAUCUGGAAGAGGAGGCUGCGCUCCGAUUCGUGAUCGAUGACGAUGGAGAUGAGUCCAUCGCCGACGAGGUUGUCGCCCUGUCGGAUGGAACCGUUCGCAUCAGGAACGUCUCCCUCGGGGCUUACUGGAGGCGAAACGCCGAUGCAGCUGACUACAUCUGGGCUGAUGAUGAUCUCACCACUCCAGACUCGAAUUCUCUAUUUCGGGCAAUCAAGGUGAACGACAGCACCAUCGCUCUACGCAACCUGGGAAACAACAUGGUGUGCAAGAGAUUCAGUGCAAGCAAAGGAGACAAUUACCUUCGAGCCAGCGAACCAUCUUCUGCUCAGACCGUCACGCAGUACGCCAAACUGUCCCUAACCGACCUCGUAACUUCGAGGAGGAUCGAGGACAUCAAGUUCCACCUCGACUCCGGCUGGGUUCACGACGAAAACCUCAAAACCAUACUGAACCCUGGAGAGCCCGCGUACAACGAGAGCGACGACACUCGAACCCUAACGCUCAAGAUCCCAUACGUGGACACCAAGACAAGUUGCACCUGGAAAGCGACCAACUCCACGCUGGAUUUGGGGCCUUUCGACGUCGUGGUCCGGCCCGACGUGAUUGCCACCGUCGACGAUUCCUCGGCGAUCAAGCUGGUUCCUCCGACCGCGCCGUCGUACGAGUGGGGGGGAACCACGCAGGGAGACGACCCCGACGAGGUUUUGGUGUACGAGGUCACGUUGCCGCCGUGGACGGCGGUGGAGGUCGAGCUGCGUGCGAGCUUGGUGGCUUGUUGUGUUCCUUUCAGUUAUAGUCGUUACGACGAGUGGGAGGAUGGGGAAGAGGAGGUGCAUUUCAUGGAGGAUGGUAUGUACGUUGGCACGAAUUACUACAAGUUCGAGUUUACGGAGACUGCACCGCAGCCGAUCGCCAAUAAGAAGUGAUUAAACAGGAUAGCUAGCUUGCUAAAUUUGCAUCUUCUUCAUGUACCCUUUUACUUUCAAUAAGUUGAGUUGUUGCUUCAUCCAUGGUUGGCUGUGGUAUAAGAUAUAUAAUAACCUUUUCUCUGAACAAUUCGAGUUAUUGGUACCAAUGUGUUUAUGACGUAUAAUAUCAGGAG